AUGGAUCUAUAUCGGCAAUCGCCGUCUUUUCGUCGAUAUCAAAUUCAUGAAAAAAUCUUUUCAUUUGGUGACAAUUUUAAAAUCAAAGAUGAAAUGGGUCGAGAUGUAUAUAAAGUUCGAUCAAAAUUCUUGUCAGUGGGUGAUAAACUAGUUCUUGAAGAUAUGGCUGGAAAUGGUUUGAUAAGAGUUCAACAAGAAGUAUUUCAUUAUCAUCCAACAUUCAAUAUAUUAUCUGCUCGAGCUGGUGACUCUAAUCGACAAUUAGGAGCUUUAAAAAAGAAAUUCGCAUUUUUUCAUAAUAGAUUCAAUAUUGAUUCUGUUUAUGGGCAAUAUACUUUAGAAGGUCUUGAAAUUUUUUCACAUUCAUUCACAUUAUUGAAAGAUGGACGAGUAGUAGCAAGAGUAAGUAAAAACUUGUUUGCAUUGUCUGAUUCAUAUGGUGCUGAAAUUAUUGGUAAUGAAGAUCAAGCAUUCGUUUUAUCAUUAAUUAUUAUUCUUGACCAAAUUAUAUUCGAUAAAAAUUAA